AUGUCUGAAGUUUUGACCUCGUCUCUGGAGAGGGAGCUAGUUGACCUUCGACCUCUUUCCCCGCCCCUAGUUUCACCUGUUCACGUGGAGAAGGAAAGAGGGACGGAGGAGAAGGGGAGGGAGGAGGGAAGGGGAUGGUUAGCAGCAAAGAAAAUAAAAAUCAGUGCAGUUACAGACCCUUCUUUGACCUCUGCACCCUCGUCUCUGGCCUCUGUAUCGACUCCCAAGACCACACCCACCUCUUCCCUCUUGGGGAAAAGUGGGCGGAGUAUGACAGAUGAAGCCACGCCCCCAAAGAGACGCAGGAGUUCAUUGCACGCAGCGGGUGGGAGGGCUGGUGUCGGCAAACAGCUGUGGAUGGUGGAGACAAGGGGGAGCGAGGAAGAGGAAGAGGAGGAGGAAGAAGAGGGUAAGUUUGGAGGUGUCCUGGCAGACUAUGACCCUCCCCCCAUGGCACACCUCCAGGCACCAUCCCCACAACCCUCACACCCUACAGUCCUGCUCUCCAGAGCGUCGCUGAAGAUGUUUCUGGCAAAUAUUCUCCGCCUCGUGCAAAAACACGACCCUGAAGGCAUAUUUGCGGAGCCGGUGACUGACGAGAUUGCCCCGGGGUACUCCACCCUAAUUAAAUACCCCAUGGACCUCACCACCAUGGCAACCAAACUCUCAAACCACGCUUACUCCAGCGUGGAUGAAUUCCGGAGCGACUUUGUGCUGAUGUGCAAGAACGCGAUGACGUACAACGCGCCAGAAACAGUCUACUUCUCAUUCGCCAAGAACAUGAUGGAGGAUGGGGUAAAGGUCAUUGAGAGGGAGGUGUCACUCCGUCCAGACAUCCGCUAUGGCCGAGUGGCCACGCCCUCCAAUUCCCAGACCCCCGUACCACUACCGCUGUCUAGUCGUGGUCCAAGCCCCGCCCCCUCGGUAAACUCUGUGGACUAUGGCAGUCCGUACGUCUGUCGGAUUAGCCUGGGUCUCCUAGCUCCUCUUCCUCCCGUCAUACAGCCUCAGGUGGUCGGCAUGGCAGCAAGCCCCGCCUCUUCCCUGGAGGUGCUGGAGGAAGUGGGUGUGGCCUCGGAGCAGAGUCACCUGACAAAGGUGGUGGUGGGUGUUCCUCCGGAGGAUAGGGAGGAGGGGGAGGAGGGAGCGGUGCCAGUGAGUCUGGUGGCUGAGGAGGAUCCAGUCGAGAUUCUCAGACAGGUACAGAAGGCAACAGAAGAGGUGAAAGAGAAUUUGGAUGCCAACCGACCCAACACCAAGUUCUGUUUCAUACGAGACGCCAGCCCGUCACCCUCUCCCCAGCCAGUGGGUGCUGACGACGUCGCGGCAGGCAGGAAGAUGGCAACAAUGAAUAUACUGAACCCUGACUCUGGCCUAGUUGACUCCAGUAAGCCACUCAACCUGACCGCUCUGAGUGAGAGGGUGAGGGGAGGGAACAAUGCAGCCACAGUCCUCCGUACCGAGCUCCCAAUGUUCAAGGCCACUCCCGUCUCCUACCUCAUGAACGGCCCGUUUGGCAGUUUUGCCCCGACUUACGAUUCGGCAUUUGCAACUCUGACCAAAAUGGACUCUGAUCUGUUGCUCCAUACAUAUGGCAGUGACCUCGGAGUUUCUUAUUCACACAGUUUGCUCCAGUUUGUGAAAGGAGCUGGUAGUUUUGCCAGUGAGAUGGCCGACGCAGUUCUGAACAGUCUGACUGCCGGCAGACACGAGAAGUUCAUGGGAAAAUACCACACCUGGGAGGAGACGGAGAGGCUUGGGAGAACAAAGAAAGAAGAGGGGAACAAGAAAGAGGAGAAGGAAGGAGAGGGGGAGAGGGAGGACACAAAGGACGAAGAGGAGAAGGGGGAAGGGGAGAAGAGAGGAGGGAAAGAAGAAGGAGAAGAGGAUGUGACACAGAUUGGUAGUGGGAACGAUGGAAGAGGAGAAGAGUGUGAUGAUGCAGGAGGAAGGGGAGAGGAGAGGGAAGUAAGUGGGAAUGAGGGAGAAGAUGGAGAGGAAACCAGACACGGGGCAACUGAGACUGUGGGUGAAGAUCAGGAAGAGUGUGCUGAGGAAGCCGAGGAGAGAGAAGACUGGUUUGGUGGUGGGGGAGUGGAGGAAGGGGAGGAAGAGGGUGGAGAAGGAAGAGAGGAGGGAGGAGAGACGGGAAACCCACAGCCUGAGUCUCUCUCCGGACAACUCCAAUGGAGCCACUAG